AACGAAGGUAGAUAACUGCCACUGUGAUGAUUUCUUUUACUACUCUCAUGGUUUUGGAGCAAUUGUCUAGAUUAGUGGAGCAAAUUGAACUUGUUGUUGUGUAUUUUAGUUAUUGAAUUUCUGUGACUUUUGGACCCUUGCUGCUGCUUCGAUGGGAGUUCACGGACUGUGGAGACUGCUGGAGAGCACAGGGAAACCUAUCAACCCUGAGACACUGGAGGGAAAGAUCCUUGCUGUUGACAUCAGUAUAUGGCUGAACCAGGCAGUGAAGGGGGUGAGGGACCGUGAAGGCAACAGCGUCCAGAAUGCCCACCUCCUCACUCUCUUCCACCGCAUCUGUAAGCUGCUCUUCUUCCGCAUCAGGCCAGUGUUUGUGUUUGAUGGGGACGCACCUCUGCUGAAGAAGCAGACCCUGGCUCUGAGGAGGCAGAGGAAGGAGGAGUUGACCCGUGAAUCCAAACAGACCAAUGAGAAGCUUCUUAAGACGUUCCUGAAGAGACAAGCUAUCAAAGCGGCACUUGGAGAUUGUAGUAAGGAUCCUUUGCCCAGCCUUUCGAGUGUGAGGAGAGAUGAGGUGGACGACAUGUAUGUUCUUCCAGCCCUGCCCCCUGCUGAGGAGAAGGACAAAAGCAGUUCUGAGGAGGUGGAAGACAGUGAGGAGGAGGAGACAGCUGACAGUUAUAUGUAUCAGGGAGAACUGUGUGGAGAAACAAGCUCGGUGGACAUCAACUCAGAGGAGUUUGAGAGCCUGCCUCCUGAAAUGAAACAUGAGAUACUCAAAGACAUGAAAGAGUUCUCCAAAAGGCGCCGAACCUUGAUUCACAAACCUCCAGAGCACUCGGGAGAUUUUUCCCAGUACCAGCUGGCCGGCCUACUGCAGAGGAACAAGCUGAACCAGCGUCUGGAAGGUGUGGAGAAAGAGAUGAGCCAGCGAAGUGCAGGCAGCGUUCCACAGCUCAACCAAGAAGAUGGAGAUCAGCAAAACCGGAGCGUAGAGGCAAAUCGACUGGUUUCAGAAGACCAUUCGCAUUAUAUUCUUAUUAAAGGCUCCAAAAAGAACGAGGCUGCCCCUGAGAGCCAACCUGCUGCUUCACCCUGGUCUGGCAGCUCCCUGUCAGGCUGCAGAAGUCGGGUGGCGGACAGACCCAAGCCUCUGUGGCGUCCUAUCUGUGAGGAGGACGAGGAAGUGACUCCCUCCUCUGAAGACUCCAAACCAUCUGUGUCAAAACCAGCUCAUGAAGACACAUCACCACCCUCGCCUCGGACACUUAAGGCCAUCCAGGCUGCUAUGAACAAUAGCUCAGAUGAGGAGAACGUGGACCGGGAUAAGGAGGAUGGCAGUGUGUCCCCACGUACGCUGCUGGCAAUCCAACAAGCUCUGAAUGACGAGGAUGAUGGAACAGCUGAAUGUGUGACCCAAAUAAGUAGCUUACCCACAAAAGUAAAGGCAAAUAUUCAUCACCCGGUGCCCCAAGUGGUCAUCAACAGCUCAGAGGAAGAGACAGAACGUUCACCUAAAAGAAAAUCCAGUUUUAAGAGGAACCCAGCUGGCCAAAGUUCAGAUGUCAAAGACAGUUUAUUAGUUAGUAGCUCUGAGGAUGAGAUGGAGGAGGUGAUUGGACAGAGAAGUAAAGCGCUACGAUCCGCAGCGCUGCAACAACCUACCAGGACAGUGAUGGAGUCAGAAGAAGAGACAAAGACAGGACAGCUGAUAGAGGAUUUAAGGACAAAAAGUAGGGGACAAAUAGAGAAAGAAGAGCUUGUGAGAAGAGAUUCAGACCACAAUCCACAGCAUGCUGCUACUGCUGCUGCAUCCAGUCAACCCAGAUUAUCCAUCCAUCUCUCUCGUCAGCUAUGUGAAAAACCUGUCGGUGCACUAACUGAAAUUCAUCCUGUGCUUGUAGAGCAGAACAGUAACAAAUUCACUGAAGCUCCAAAGGAGAGGAAUGGAAAUGAUGUGAAGCCAGGCAGCAGUGAGGAGAGCGAGUCAGAAGAGAGCUUCAUUGAGGUGUCAGAACAAGAAUUUAAAGAGGAGGAUACAGAUGGUUCUGUUGCAUUAACUGUAGAGAAAGAACCAACAGAUGAAGUUCACAAUGAUGGGAUGAAGACUGAAGAAAAGUCAGAGGAAAGUUUGAAGGAGACUCUCAGCCAUCCAGCUGCUGCUCUGAAUUUAGAGGAAGACAAAAAGAGACAGAAUGAGGAGCAAAACAAGGAGACGGAGACGGAGACUGAAGCAGCGGAAACUCCAGUGAUCAACGAAUGGGAGCACAUUGAUGUGGAUGAGCUGGAGGCUCUAGAGAGCUCUCUACGGGUGGAGCAGAGCAACCUGAGGGAGCAGAAACAGCAGCAGGAGAGAAUGGCGAACACAGUCACCGGGCAGAUGUACCUGGAAAGCCAGGAGCUUCUGCGGCUGUUCGGCGUGCCGUUCAUGGUGGCACCGACGGAGGCCGAGGCUCAGUGUGCGGCACUCGAUCGCGCCGACCAGACGAACGGGACCAUCACAGACGACUCGGACGUGUGGCUGUUUGGAGGACGACACGUUUUCAAGAACUUCUUCAGCCAGAACAAAUAUGUGGAACACUACCAGUACAGCGACCUGCAGAACCAGCUGGGUCUGGACAGGACCAAAAUGAUAAAUCUGGCCUACCUGCUUGGAAGCGACUACACGGAGGGCGUGCCGGGGGUUGGAUAUGUGACUGGCAUGGAGAUUCUCAAUGAGUUUCCAGGGCCGGGGUUGGAGCCACUAACACAGUUCAGUAACUGGUGGUCAGACGCUCAGGAGAAAAAGCGUCUCGUCGCUGAUCCUCGGGACUCAAAGGUUAAGAAGAAACUGAGGGAGCUGAAACUGCAGCCCGGUUUUCCCAACCCCGCAGUGGCUCAGGCUUAUCUGCAACCCGCUGUCGACCAGUCGGACAGCUCCUUUAGCUGGGGACGCCCACAGCUCGACAUGAUCAAAGAAUUCUGUCUGAGUCGCUUUGGGUGGAACAGCCGGAAAACAGAGGAGACUCUUCAGCCUGUGAUCAAGCAGCUCAACACUCAGCAGACUCAGCUGCGUAUAGACUCAUUCUUCCGCAUGGAGCAACAGGAAAAGCAGGCGAUCCGCAGCCAGCGACUCCGCCGAGCAGUGACCUGCCUGAAGAGAAAGGAGAGAGAAGGAGAAGAGGAGGAAGACGAGGACAGUGAGGAAGAAAUGCAUUCCCCUUCCAAAUCUAAGAAAGAGAAUCUGAAGAAAGGAGAAGGAGAUAAGGGAGAGGAGAGGGUUAUGGCAGGAGGAGGGUUUCUAGGUUCGGAGGUAGUCCUUGAAUCUCCUUUUAAGUCUCUCAAGGAUAUCAGCAGCUGCAACAGCAGCCAGGAGUCUAUAUCAGCAAAGACUGUACCUCAGUCUACGAAGACUCGACCUCAGAGGACCAGGAGCAGCAGCAGCAGCUCCAGUGAGGACAGCGAUGGCGGUCAGAAGGUUGCUAUGGUUACUGCCAGAUCUGUGUUUGAGGGCAGCCGACGAGGCCGUGGAGCGAAAAGCACAAGAGGAAGAGGAAGCACGAGAGGAAGGGGCAGGGCGAAGAAGUUGUGAGGACUUAACAUAAACAUAAAUUGUAACACUGAGUGCAAAACAUGUUACGCACCCUCAAAUGUCUGUGAAAUUAUGUUUGAUAUUUAUGGGAUUCACUGAUGAAUUGAGCUUUUGCUAUGAUGUAGAACAUGAAUUUUGUAAACUAUUGAUGUCAUUGAAAAUAUUUUUUCCUGUGCAGAGGUAUACGUAUGAAAUAAAAUGGCAUUUUUCAUAAAA